GCUGCCUGGCUCUGCUCUGUGCUCUCUGUGCUAGUCUCUGUUAGCCUGCUGGCUAGCGCAGUGAGAUCCUCAGGAGAUCGGGAGAUUUUCAUUUAGACGGAAAAUGAACACAUUUCAGCCUUUAUCCUGGACGCGCUGAGGAGGCUGAGUCACUCUAGGACCAAAAGAUGACAGACAGUAGAGAUGUUUGUCCUCACCUGGACUCUAUAGGUGAAGUGACCAAGGAGGAACUUCUGCAUAAAUCAAAGGCUACCUGUCAGUCAUGUGGAGUGGGUGGCCCCAACCUCUGGGCAUGCCUGCAGUGUGACUGUCCGUAUGUGGGCUGUGGCGAGUCAUAUUCAGACCACAGCACCACUCAUGCCCAGGCAAAGAAGCACAAUCUGACUGUGAAUCUGACCACGUUCAGGGUGUGGUGUUACGUGUGUGAGAGAGAAGUGUUUCUGGAGCAACAGCCUGUAGUGCCGGUGGCUGGAACUCAUCGCUACAAACCUCUUGACCAGGAUGCUCUUCUCCAGAGUGCCUGUCACCCGUUAAAAGCAGUGCCAAUUGCUGUGGCGGAUGAAGAAGGUUCAGAGUCAGAGGAAGAUGAGCUCAAGCCCCGAGGACUCACAGGGAUGAAGAACAUUGGCAAUUCCUGUUACAUGAAUGCAGCGCUACAGGCUCUCUCCAACUGUCCUCCUUUGACUCAGUUCUUCCUAGACUGCAGUGGGCUGGUGCGCACAGAUAAGAAACCUGCUCUUUGCAAAAGCUAUCAGAAACUCAUCUCUGAGCUCUGGCACAAGAAAAGGCCCAGUUAUGUGGUUCCCACUAGUCUGUUUCAUGGUAUUAAACUGGUGAAUCCUAUGUUUCGAGGCUAUGCCCAGCAGGACACUCAGGAGUUUCUGCGCUGUCUGAUGGAUCAACUCCAUGAGGAGCUGAAGGAGCCUUUUGCCGACUGCAGCAGCAGUGCCGACAGUGGCCCCGAACGCAACCUCGACAACCGCAACCACAGCAACGGCGAUCGCAGUCCCUCCGAGGAUGACUUCCUGUCAUGCGACUCGGGCUCAGGAAGCGAGAGAGGAGAUGGGGAGCGAGGAAGCGGGACUGGAGGAGGAGAUGCAGAGCUUCUGAUUCAGGAUGAGUGUGUAGGACCCCGGAGCACUGGAGGGAUUUCUGAGAAAGAGAGGCAGAAGGAGAGGAGGAAGGAGGACAAGGGGGAGGAGAGGACGCAGGAGAUGGAUGAAGAUGCAGACGUGGACACGGCAGCACAGGAGGAACCGGCUGAGAGAGCUGGAGAGCAGGCUGGACCACCCAGGACUGGCCAAACUCAGGGCAAUACAGAACCCGAUAAUGAGGCAACCAUGCAUCGCCCCGCCUCUCGACCCUGUAGUCCCACCCACAGCGUGCAGGAACUUCACUCAAAACUGUCCAGCAGCCCGCCCAGGUCCAGCCCACUCAGAGCCAGCCCCAUCUAUGCCUUUAAGAAAGCUCAGAUGCUUUUGGGUGCCAAGAAGAAGAAGCAGUCCCGCUUCCGCAGUGUAAUUUCAGACAUUUUCGACGGCUCCAUCCUGAGUCUGGUCCAGUGCUUGACAUGUGACCGGGUGUCCACGACAGUCGAGACGUUUCAGGAUUUGUCGUUGCCCAUCCCGGGUAAAGAGGACCUAGCUAAGCUCCACUCGUCCAUCCACCAGAGUGCUCCAGCCAAGACGGGCGUCUGCACAGAUACCUACGCCUCCCAAGGCUGGAUCUCUUACAUCAUGGAUUCUAUACGCAGAUUUGUGGUGUCCUGUAUCCCCAGCUGGUUUUGGGGUCCCAUGGUGACACUGGAGGACUGCCUCGCUGCCUUCUUUGCUGCAGAUGAACUGAAAGGGGAUAACAUGUAUAGCUGUGAACGAUGCAAAAAGUUGCGAAAUGGUGUCAAGUAUUGUAAAGUCCUAAGGCUACCAGAGAUUUUGUGUAUUCACCUGAAGCGCUUCCGGCACGAGGUGAUGUACUCCUUUAAGAUCAGCAGCCAUGUCUCUUUUCCACUGGAGGGUUUGGACCUAAAACCUUUCCAGGCAAAAGAGAGCCCAUCUCAGAUCACCACGUAUGACCUGCUGUCCGUCAUCUGCCACCACGGCACCGCCGGCAGUGGACACUAUAUAGCGUAUUGUCAGAACGUCAUUAACGGGCAGUGGUAUGAGUUUGAUGACCAGUAUGUGACGGAGGUGCACGAGACUGUGGUGCAGAAUGCUGAGGCCUAUGUGCUCUUCUACCGGAAGAGCAGUGAGGAGUCAGUGAGAGAGAGGCAGAAGGUCGUGGCUCUUGCUAACCUGAAGGAACCCAGUCUCCUGCAGUUUUACAUCUCUAGAGAAUGGCUCAACAAGUUCAACACCUUUACUGAGCCAGGACCCAUCACCAACCAUACCUUCCUCUGUCAGCAUGGAGGAAUUCCUCCAACUAAGUAUCACUAUGUGGACGAUCUGGUCGUGAUCCUGCCUCAGAACGUGUGGGAAUAUCUUUACAACAGGUUUGGUGGUGGUCCAGCUGUGAAUCAUCUCUAUGUUUGUGCAAUCUGCCAAGUGGAGAUAGAAGCCCUCGCCAAGCGCAGGAAAAUGGAGAUAGACACCUUUAUUAAGCUGAAUAAGGAGUUCCAGGCUGAGGAAGCACCUACUGUUAUUCUGUGCAUCAGCAUGCAGUGGUUCCGCGAAUGGGAAAGCUUUGUCAAGGGCAAAGACAACGAGCCGCCAGGUCCGAUUGACAACAGCAAGAUCGCAGUCAUGAAGGGAGGUCAUGUCCAGCUUAAACAAGGAGCUGAUUACGGGCAGAUAUCUGAGGAGACAUGGCAGUAUUUAUUGGGAAUUUAUGGUGGUGGUCCAGAGAUUGCUGUGAGGCAGACCAUUAGCCCUCCAGAACCUGACACGCAUGGAGAAAGGAAGAUAGAGGCAGAAACAAGAGCACUCUGAUUUAGGUGGCGUCUUUGAAUGUGACUGAGCAUUUCUGAACCAUGUUUACGCCUGCUUUCUUGUAAGCACUUUGUGAGCGCACCCAACGCCAUGGUCUGUUACCUGUAGAACACAUGGACGUCUGAAAGUGCAGAGCUGGUACACUAGGAGGUCUGUAGGGCUGACUGGCUAAAGAAGUGUAGAACAAACCACUGUCCUGCAGUUCGAGGGAGUGAGUUUAUGUUGCUUCCCCUGCCCCUCUUAAAAUCACGAGUAUUCACGUCUAUCAAGCUGUCUUACAAAAAGUCUUAUCAAAGGAAACACUUUAUAAAGUGAACGAAAGAAGAUGUGAACAAUCUGUAUAUAUUGAGCCAGGGCGACUGAGCAGGGUGGUGAUACAUUACCCGAUGUAGCAUUAAAUCCACUGUACAUAAGUCUGUACUUCCAUGAAUGUGCAUAUUUAUAGGCAAAAGCAUAGGGCCCUAAGUGAUCCACUGAAAAUGAACUACUAUAAAGUUUUAAAGGAAUACUUUUGCAGCUUUCUAGAUGAUCUCUGUAUUCUGCAUUUGUUGCGUACAGUUGAUUACCACAGAAAUAAUUUUUAAAGUGUAAAUAGAUUUAUUUGUGUUGAUUAGUUAACUGUUUACAGGUGUUAAAGGGUUGUUUGAGUGAUUCCAUAAAAUAACCAUUGUUUUUCUUUUAUUAAUAGCUACUUUUGUAAAAGAGACGUGUGAGAAGCUUUGAGUUGGUAAAGAUUUUUUUUACAAUAACUUCUUCAAACCAAUUUUUUUUAUCUAUUUAAAAAAAACUGUAUUAUUGUUUAUUAAACAGAACGAUUUUUUUACAUCACUCAAGUGGCGUGAAAGAAGAGUAGGGAAAAUGAAUAUAACCAUGUUGUUCUAGACUUUGGAAAUUGUAUAUAAUUUUGAGGCAAAUCUCAUCUUAAGAUCUGUUUUUUAACAGUUAUAGUUUCAAAUUAUAAUUAUAUUUUCACCUUGUUAAUUUAUCAAAUUCAGCAGCUGCCCAAUUUCUUCUAUUGGUAAUCCAUGGUACAAUACAGAUGCAGAAGAUUAGGUUUGGAAGAUGCUGCAGUAUUCCUUUAAGUCUCACUUAAAAAAAUAAAUAAAUAAAUAAAAAAAUAGGACCAACACUAAAUGCUGUGUAAUUACACAUUAACUAUGCAUGUUUAGUUACUUUUGGCUGUUACAGAUGCAUUAUGGUAGUGCAGCUUUUGUAAAUAUGACAGGUAGUCUAGCAAAUUAUAUUAAUACACGUAUCCCUAUCUUAUACAUAUAGAGCUCUGACCUCUAGUUUCUGAAUCAGUUUCUCUGAUUUUGCUAUUUAUAGGUAUAUGUUUGAGUAAAGUUAACAUUGUUGCUUUAUUCUAUAAACUACGAACAACAAUUCUCCCAAAUUCCUACAAAAAAUAUUGUCAUUUAGAGCAUUUAUUUGCAGAAAAUAAGAAAUGGCUGAAAUAACAAAAAAGAUGCAGAGCUUUCAGACCAAAAUAAUGCAAAGAAAACAAGUUCAUAUUCAUAAAGUUUUAAGAGUUCAGAAAUCAGUAUUUGGUGGAAUAACCCUGGUUUUUAAUGACAGUUUUCAUGCGUCUUGGCAUGUUCUCCUCCACCAGUCUUACACACUGCUUUUAUGCCUUUACCCCUGGUGUAAAAAUUCAAGCAGUUCAGCUUGGUUUGAUGGCUUGUGAUCAUCCAGCUUCCUCUUGAUUAUAUUCCAGAGUUUUUUAAUUUGGUUAAAAAAAAAAUCAGCAUUUUUAAGUGGUCUUUCUUUUUUUUCAGAGCUGUAUACAUAUUACAUAUAUAACCACACAGAAGUGGAUGUAAUGUUACAGCUAUUAAGACACACUUGUGUAAAUGUGGCAAUUAGACAGAUCUUCAUUUUUACUGUUUUUAUUUUUUUUUAAAUAAUGUGAAUCUGGUGUUUUAUUCUUUACAUUAUGUCAAAAUUUUGACCAAUAGAAGUGCUCCAAAAUGACUUAAUUUUAAAUGACUUAAUUAAAAAAAACAAAAAAACAGUUAUUUACAAAAGCUGCGCUGUUUUGUUCAGGCUUGAAUUAAACAUUGAUGCCUUAUCAAAGCCAAUUUAUGCUUCUGUGUCGAGUAAAUGCUUUGUUCACAACAUAGCAUGUGCAGGAACCACACCGCUGUGCUCAUUUAUACCUCUGCUUUGGUGUGCUUGUGUUGCUUUGCAGUUUCACCGCUAAGGUUCAGCAGACCAAUCACAGCUCCUGCUUCUGCUGUGUGCCUUGUGGUGUGUACUUUGUUACAUAACUGGUGAUGUGUGUGUACCCUACCCUACAGUGUAAUCUGUGGUGUAGGGUACGUUUCUGCCCAUAGGAUAUGUGUAAGCUGCGCAAUUGGGUUACAUGGCUAUGUGUUGGCUUUAGCAUAGAUUCGAUACAGAAGUAAUAAAUUAGUUUUUAGUAGUAUUUUUGUUUUAGUAUUGAUUAUUAAUGUGUAAUUACACAGAUAUUCGGCCACCCCCAAAAAGUGGGACCAGAUGAUGAUUAUUAUGAUGUUAUUAUGAAAUGCCACCUGAGCUCUAGAGUUUUAAACAGAAAGGCUUACCUUGACCUCACAUAUAAACAGACUCUGAGUCACAGUAAGCAGUUCAUCAUCCUUAUUUUCACAAAGAUGACUUCUGUUAUCACCUAUUGUCCAAUCAUCACCUAUUAUUAUAUGCUAUUGUCACUUUGUUAGAUAGAACUUCCUUGUAUUCAGUAGCAAAAUACCUGCUGUCAAGGUGAGUCUGGGCCAACUGGUUAAAUAUGUUGUUUUUAAUCAUUCCGAGUAAGGUCAUCUAAAUUAAUGGUGAGUAAUCGACAUUUAAGCUACUAUAUUUCCUCAUGUGACACACUGUUACAUACACACAUACAUGAUUUAUGGUUUAUUGGAAAAUAUUGUAUGAUGAGGUGUGCAUAUGAUUCAAGUGAGUUGUUGUGUUUCAGUGGAAAUUUAAACUAAAGGUGUAUUUCAUGAAAUGUGUUUUCCAAACGUUCUGCAUAAUGAAAUGGUUUAGCUGUAAAAAAAAAAAUAAUAAUAAUAAAAAUAAUUUGUGAAAGUGGUUUAGUAUAAAAUGCUUUGCUCCAGAGAAACAGGCAGACUCUAAAAUGUUCAUAAUGGUGGUAAAGAAAACCACUCAGUUUUAAUUGCUCUAAAAUCUUUUACACAAAAGCUGAAAAUACAAAAUAUGUUGUGAAUAAUGUAACCCUGUAUGUUGUUUCUAGAAUUAAAUCACUACAACCACUUUUAUUGACUUUGGUCAUCCCAGUGACUAACAUUUUCUACUCAAUAAAAAAAACUAAAUAUUAGUCGCUAUUUAACUAAAAGUCAGCUUUGAAAGGCCUUAGGAAACACAAAAAUUUUGUUGAGUGAAUCCAUGCUUUGUUAUCUUUGAUCUCAUGUACCCCUAAUCACUUUUUAUGUUUAAAUGAUCUGGAUUAUAUAUGGAUAAGAUUGUAGCAUUUAAAAAUACAAGUAAAAACACAUCCAACCAGAUACAAAUUCAAUCAUCCUUUGAGACUCCUUUGAGCUACGUUAUAGCAGAUUAAAUUCAUCCAUUUUACAGAGACUUAUUCAACAACCAAAACUUCUUUCAUUUCAACCAAACCCUUGUUAGUAGUUGCAGUGCAAUAAGCAAAUAUGCAUAAUCUAUCUUAUGUAGCAAUUAAAUUUCAGUUUGACUAAUCAGAGACACGUUUAGCUGCUAAAUGUAAAUCCGUGUAGCUGACAUUUAACUGGAUCUAAUCCAUAUUCUAGUCACAUAAUGUGACCAGGUGUAAACAGGGUGUGUCUGAAAAAUGCUCACCUCUAGAGAAACUCAAAUUCAGUUCUAGAGAAUUCCGAGAGAGUCUGAAUUAUUCUCAGCGGUUGUGGUAGAAACCAGACUUCCAAGAAGCCAACAUCAAUAGUUAUGUUACACAAUUUUAUUACAUUAAAAGGUUAAGAAUGCAUUGUCUGAUGUCAGAUAUUGUUUUGUCAAGUUUUGGGAAGGCUUUCUCCACAAAGUUAGAGGUACAUGUGGGUAAUUGUAAGGCAAAUAAGUCUAAAAAGAAAAGUAUUUUUUUUUAUUUGGCACAGUUUUGCCACAUUUUUAUCAACAUUAUGUGUAAAAAUAAUAGAAGACAGGUUUCCUCUUGGUUUGGACAUAAAAAAUGCUUUGUUUUAAUUUUGUAGUCAAUUUGGGCCUGGGUCACUUUCACCACCAUUGUCUCUGAGUCUCUAAGUUUCUCUAGAAUGAAUAGCUUUAUUCCAAACCACUCUGUAUAAUUUUCUUUACAUUAUAAAAUUGAAUUAUGCAGAACUUUUGGAAAAUCAUGAGCUGGAAUUCCCAUCUGGGUUUAAAAUCCCAGAAUUCAGUCCUCAAAAAUAUUAGCCCUUCCCCCUUCUGUAUUCUAACACAGUUUAACUUCGCAGAGUAACACUGACUGACAUUUCUGUAACUAAGAUUCUUAUUAUUGGACUAUACUGUCAAUAAAGGGCAAGUGCAAUGAGGUGAAUGGGAUGAGUCUUGAGAGCUGAAGCUGAUUGUUGUUUAAUUAUUGUUAAAGUCUAGACAAUUUUAACUACAACGGAUUGUGAGCUGAAGAUAAAGCAUCAUCCUGUGCACCAGUGUUAGCUGAGGUUAGCAGUAGGCGUUGGGUGGAUUAUACAUAAACACAAGCCAUCCUCUGCGCUUGCUCGCAUCAGCCUGAUCUUACUGUUAGUCAUUAAAAUAUGUUUAAAACAUGCAUAUUUAAAUACUUAGUCUUAUUUCAACUUCCUGUAUUGUUUUUUUCUUUUUUUUCUACUGAGCAAAAAGGUCAAACCUGUUGUGCUAUGUGGACCAAUCAUGGACAGCUUGAUGGCUUGCUAGCUGGUGUUAAAAUAAACACGUAAAUCUGUUGAACUGUUACAUCUGAACAGUAAAAAGUCUGUUAUGCUGAUCAUGCUCAUUUCAACCAAUUCCAAACUUAGUGCUGCUGUAAUGGCUUUCUGACUCAAGGUAAUUUGAGUGUUUAGAUGUCUCUGACUUCUUGACAAACAAACUAAUAAAGCCUGUUCUUUCA